AUGGCUGCCUUCACUCUCAUCUUCACCCCCGCCACCGCCGUCUACGGACGCUCCGGCUACAACAAGGACGGCGACGACGAGGAGAACGACAGUGGCCGCUCCGGAUACAACAAGGACGGCGAUGACGAGGAUGACAAGGCCCAGCAGAACAAGGGCCGCUCCGGCUACAACAAGGACGGCGACGACGAGGAAGACAAAUAA